AACUUGUACCACUGCUUUCAUUUUUUCCGUAUUCCCUCCUAUUUCAGUUUCCAUUCCUACUUCUCUCACCUAGAAGACGCAGUAACUGCCAUCGGAGACUCUCCGGUAAACCUCUUCUGAAAAGGCCUUUACUUAACGAAAUUUCUGUCGAUUUCCUCAACGUUCAAAAUCUCUCCCAGAUUUUUCGUUCGAUUCCGGUAGACUUCUGUUCCCCUCAUCGCCGUUCCUCAACUCAACCGCAGAAAUCAAGGCCGCCCGUCGUAAACGAGCACAAGGAACCGAUCUCGACUUUGAUUGAGGCCUGCUUACUUUUUUUCUGGAGAAAAGAAAGCUUUUAGUCUCUUUUUAAUCCGUUUUCUCGGGCUUGAUUGGUAUAUAUAAGUGGUUGAAGCUAUGAAUAUCAGGGGAAAUAAAUUUCUGAGGUUUGAAUCAGAUAAAUCUUUAACUGAGCGUUAUGCUGAUGCAAUUUUUCCGAGAAAAGUUAGAAACUCACUGGCUUCUGUCAUGGAAAGUGUCCGGAGAGGGGUUGAGAUGGGUUCUGAAAGGAUCAAAAGCUUCAGAAAACCUACGAACUUACAGUCUACUCGUAACACGUCAGAAAAAGAUUCAGGUUCUUGGAAGAAAAUUCUUAAUCCACAGGGAUCUUUCCUUGAAAACUGGAACAAAAUAUUUCUCAUAGCCUGUAUAAUUGCUUUGGCACUGGACCCUCUUUUCUUCUACAUCCCAGUGGUUGUUAAUAAGAAAGAGCUAAAAUGCCUCGACCUUGAUGUACAUCUGGAAAAAAUUGCGUGUGUCCUUCGUACAUUCAUGGAUGCCUUCUAUAUAAUUCACAUGAUCUUUCAAUUCCGAACUGGGUUCAUUGCUGCUCCUUCUGGAGUCUUUGGUAGGGGUGACUUGAUUGUUGAUCCUUGGGCUAUUGCAAAGAGGUACUUGUUCACAUACUUCAUCAUCGACGUCCUGUCAAUUCUUCCGCUUCCACAGCUUCUAAUUUUGCAUCUCAUCCCUUUGUUGGACGGCCAUCCGGAUACAUUUGUAAUGAAGGAAUUGUUGAAAUACAUUAUUAUCUGUCAAUAUGUACCAAGAAUUCUUCGAAUUGUUCCCCUUUAUAUAGAAGUUACACGAACUUCAGGCUUUCUCACUGAAACUGCUUGGGCUGGAGCUGCUCUGAAUCUAUUCCUCUACAUGCUAGCCAGCCAUGUUCUUGGGGCCAUCUGGUACUUGCUUUCAUUAGAAAGACAAUACCGGUGUUGGCGUAAUGUCGCUGGGAAAAAUGAGACUAAACUAGCUUUUUUGUACUGUGAUCAUAAAAACAAAUCAUCAGAGGAUGAUUUUCUACGUCUCCUGGAUACUAACUGCUCUUUGAUCAAUCCUGAUGAUAUUACAAAUUCAACCGUCUUCAAUUUUGGAAUAUUCUCUGAGGCACUCCAGUCAGAGAUUGUGGAAGCUAGGAGAUUCCGUAAAAAAUUCUUUUACUGCUUCUGGUGGGGUCUGCGUAAUCUCAGCUCUCUAGGGCAGAAUCUGCAAACAAGCACUUUUGUUGGGGAGAUUAUCUUUGCUGUUUUCAUUUCCAUUGUUGGACUGGUCUUGUUUUCAUUACUUAUUGGCAACAUGCAGAAAUAUCUGCAGUCAACAGGAGUAAGGGUUGAAGAAAUGAGAGUCAAAAGAACAGAUGCAGAGCAAUGGAUGAAACAUAGAAUGCUACCGGAGAACCUAAGGGAAAGAAUCCGGCGGUAUCAACAGUAUAAAUGGCAACAAACCAGAGGGGUUGAAGAAGAGAGUCUAAUUAGUUGUCUUCCAAGAGAUCUCAGGCGAGACAUAAAGCAUCAUCUUUGCUUGGAUCUGCUCAUGAGAGUACCCAUGUUUGAGAAAAUGGAUGAGCAGCUGUUAGAUGCAAUGUGUGAUCGUCUCAAACCUGUACUUUACACUGAAAAAAGCAACAUUGAAAGGGAGGGGGAUCCGGUGGAGGAGAUGCUGUUUAUAAUACGAGGAAAUUUGGUCAGCACCACCACCAACGGUGGAAUAACUGGCUUCUUCAAUGCUGUUAAUCUCAAAGCCGCAUUGUAAUUUAGUUUACUUAAUAUUACCCCUGAAGUUGAGAGGAGCAACAUUCUCAUUUAUUGUAAUGUUCUUUUUAACUUGUGCUUAUGGAAUUUAUAAUAUAGAGAACUCGAGUAC